AUGAUUACACCCGCACCUGUGGCUGAGUGCAUCGUCCUCCAGGAUUGUAUCCAGGUCCCCAGCACUCCGGGUAAAUCCAACGGUCCUUUCCUGUUGCCAAACCUGCUGUUUGGUUACAGCGAUCUCGAGCCAUACAUUGAUCAGGCGACGAUGAUGUAUCAUUACAACAAGCACUUCAAUGGUUACAUGACCAACCUCAACAACGCGUUGAAGGGAACGCUCAGCGCGAAUCUGACCGAGCUUGUCUUGAAUCCAACUGACUCGACGAUAAGGAACAACGGAGGAGGAUUCUACAACCAUGGUUUGUUUUUCCGGAUCAUGUGCACUGCGAGUAGGUCGGAGACUCCGUCGAAGCUUCUAGAAGAUGCCAUCAUAAAGUCAUUCGGAUCAAUGGCACAGAUGAAACAACAGUUUGCAGCUCAGGCUUCGUCUCGGUUUGGGUCUGGCUGGGUCUGGCUGGGUGUUCUGCCUGAUGGAAAACUAGGAAUUACAACAACAGCAAACCAGGAUACUCCGUUCAUGAAGGUACAAGACAUACAGUAUCAACUGAUGUAUCCCUUCCUGGGCCUGGAUGUUUGGGAACAUGCAUACUACCUCAACUACCAGAAUCAGCGCUCUUCCUACGUAGACGCCUGGUGGAACAUUGUAAACUGGAGUCAAGUACCAAAGAAGAAUAAUUCGCAUCCGCUUCACAAGACAUAA